AUGGCUGAAGUAGCACAGUCCGCAACGUCCUCUCCUUGGGAGAAGACAACCAAGGACAACGGUGCCAACAACAACAAGGACCAGGAAGAAUACUUCCGCGAGAUCAAGGCCGGCGACAAGUCACAGGCCCAAAGCGACAUUGGCAGCAAAAAGGACAUCGCCGCCUCAGAGGUCGCUGAUGAGUCCAAGAAGGAUCUGCCUACUGAUGACGACGACCAAGUACCCGCCGAGGAGCUGACGCCCGAGGAUGCCGUCGACUCGCGUAGCAGAGUCGAUAGCAACGUCGAAAGCAAGGUCGACCCUGAGGGCGAUGGUGACAGUGGUGUCGACAUGGACAAGCACGACCUCGAUGAGGUUGAGCCCGAGCCCAUGAGCGAAACCAGCACUGAGAGAAUUAAGAAGGCCGCCGAGGACGGAAGCAGCAACAACCCUCUCGCAGCUUUGGACCAGGACAAGAGCGCGCUCGGCAAAGUCACCGGUCAACUUGGUGAUGCCACUGAGCCGGUCACCGAGACCGCUCAGGAGGCGACAAGCAAGGUCGGCGACGUUGCCAAGGAGGGCGGAAGCAAAGUCGGCGAGGCCGCUAGCAAGGUCGGUGAGGCCACAGGUCUGGUCGGAAGCCAGGCCGGUGAGGCCACUAGCCAAGUGGACUCCAAGCUAGGUGAAGGCGAGCAAACGCUCGGCGAGACCACCAAGGCUGGAGAAGAGAAGCUUGGCGAGACUGCUGAAGCUGGCGAGGAGAAGAUCGGCGAGACCACUGAAGCCGGUGAGGAGAAGCUCGGUGAGACUACGGAAGCCGGCGAGGAGAAGAUCGGCGAGACUACUGAAGCCGGUGAGCAAAAGCUCGGUGAGACUACGGAAGCCGGCGAGGAGAAGCUCGACGAGGCUGGUGAGAAGCUCGAAGAAACAAAGGAGGGCACUGAGGACAAGCUUGAUGAUGCCACCAAGGACGGCGAGCAAAAGCUCGACGAGACUGCCGAAGCUGGCGAAGAGAAGCUCGGCGAGACUGCCGAGGCCGGUGAGGAGAAGCUCGACGAGGCCGGCGAAAAGAUCGAAGAGGAGGCCGACAAGGUCGACUUCUCAAUCCUCAAGGGCGGCAAGGUCAACAAGGGUGGCAAUGUCGUCAACAGCGACGGCAAGGUCAUCGGCCGUAUCAAGGAGGGCGUUAUGGCCCAUCUCGUCGGCAAGAGGACCGAUGAGGAGGGUGCCAUCUGGAACGACAGUGGCGAGAUAAUUGGUCGGGCCGAGCCUAUCCCCAAGGAUGAGCUUGAGACCAUGACCAAGGAGUCGGGCCCGUUCGAGGCUUUCCCCGACGCUACUGUCAACGCCAAGGGUAUGGUUGUCUUCAACGAAGAGGAGAUCGGCAAGGUCAUCGAGGGCGACAUCAAGAAGCUCCGCGGCAUGAAGGUUGACCCCGAUGGUGACAUCCUUGACCGCAGCGGAAACGUUGUCGGCAAGGCUGAACGCUGGGAGGCCGAGCCUGAGCCCGAGGCUGAGCCUGAACCCGAGGUUGACCGUUCCAUCCUUGCUGGCAAGCGUGUCAACAAGGCCGGCAACGUUGUCGAUAGCAGCGGCACCAUCUUCGGCCGCGUCGUAGAGGGUGAUGCCAAGCGCAUGAUCGGUCGCAUGUGCGACAAGAAGGGCAACAUCCUCAGCGAGAGCGGUGACAUUAUCGGCCGCGCCGAGAUUGUGACUGAGGGCGAACGUGAGGGUUCCAAGGAGGGCCCCUUCGCCGAGCUUCAGGGCCUCACCGUCCGCAAGGAUGGUAUGGUCGUCACCCCUGGCGGCGAUGUUGUCGGUCGCCUGACAAAGGGUGAUGGCAAGACCCUGUCCGGUCGCAGCGUCGACGAGGAUGGUGAUGUGUGCGACAAGAACGGAAACGUUCUUGGCCACGCUGAACGCUACGAGGAGCCCGAGGUCGAGAAGAAGAAGAACCCUCUGUCUGGCCGUCGUGUCAACAAGGAAGGUAACGUCGUCGAUGCAGACGGAAACCUCGUUGGCAAGCUCACCAGCGGUAACCUCAGCAUCUGCUCUGGCAAGGAGAUUGAUGACGAUGGAGACGUCGUCGACGGCAAGGGCACUACAAUUGGUCACGUUUCUCUGCUCGAGGACAUCCCUCCUGAGCCUGUUGAGGAACAGUCCCCUGAGGACAAGGCCAAGGAGGAGCAGGCCGAGAAGGACAAGGAGCUCGCUAAGAAGAUGAGCAUGCUCAUUGAGGGCGUCUUGGAGAAGGUCAAGCCCAUCUGCUCCAUGAUCAGCAGCAAAAUUGAGAAGGCUGAGCGCACUCCCAAGGAUGAGCUUGACGAGGAAGCUCUUGUCAGGGAUGUCAGGCCUCUGAUCGAGGAGGGUGGCAAGAUCCUUUCCGAGGCCAACGGCGGCAUUCGUGGACUCGACCCUGAUGGACGUAUUCAGGCCAACGCCAAGCACAAGACAGCCAGCCGUGAGGCCACUCCUGAGGAGUAUCACCUGGCUGACAACCUCAAGGAGCUGACCGGCACCGUCACCAAGUGCAUCGACGAUGCCAAGAAGAAGCUCGAGGGCAUGCCUCACGCCAAGAAGGAGCUCAACCCACUCUGGGGACUCUUGAGCGAGCCACUCUUCCAGAUUUUGGCCGCCGUCGGCUUGUUGCUCAACGGUGUCCUGGGACUUGUUGGUCAACUGCUGAGCGGUCUUGGCCUGGGUGGUCUUGUCGACGGUUUGCUCGGCGGUCUCGGUAUCAAGAAGAUCCUGGCCGGAUUCGGUCUUGGAUCGUUGACCGAUUCCUUGACCGGACAAAACCAGAAGAAGAAGAACGGCGGCGGCGGUGGUGGUCUCCUUGGUGGAGUCCUUGGUUAA